UUCAAGUCCAGGCAGCGCCAGGCAAGAGCCAUCCUUUCCAAAUUCCAGAAGGGCAGCUUGGAAAAAUUCCCUGCCCUUCUCUCCCCCACUGCUACUCCUUGCCCCACAAAGAAGGAAGAAAAGCUUCACCCCAUUAUUUUUCCACCUUUAACUCUUGCACUGCAGGGGGUUGGACUAGAUGACCCUCGGGUCCCUUCCAACUCUACAGUUCUUUGAUUCUAUUAAACUCCUUGCUCCCUCUGUCUCCUCGCCAAGAAAAGAGACAAACAGCAGGUGCCCAUUUGCACGUGGGGCAGCAGAAUCACCUAUCAGUUAUGGGAAAAGGCUGCUCUAUCCACUAGACCUCCUUUCCCCCCAUCCCUCUUCAAAGCUACUUUAAAAAUGCUGCUUUUCUGCUCAUUCCCGAAGUGCCGGCGAGUGUCCCCACCCUUACCAGGAUAUGCCCAGAUUCCCAUCUGUGUGCGCGCAGAGCGCACGUUUCCUCUUUGGCACAGAGCGUCAGUGUCAGGCCCUGCAAGGGUUAAAAAAGAACCGGAUUCCUAGAGAAGAAGGAAAUUUGGGGUGGGUGGAAGGGGGGCUUCCUCCACAGCAGAAGCCGCUCCCCGCUUUGCAAAGGAAGGAGCCUCUGCUUUUACCCACCGCGCGCUGCAUCUGCGGCUGCUCCUGCAACCCGAUAAGAGAUGGAAGAACAAGACUCUGCCGCCCUCGAAGCAGGAAGACAGCCUGAUAGCAUUGUGACUGGGAGCACUGGGGAAACUUGGGUUGGAAGCAGACACAAGACAUUGAGGGAGAACACCCACAGCUCAGAUCUGCAGUGCCAACAGUUUAGGCACUUCCAGUACCAGGAGGCCAAGGGACCACGGGAAGUUUGCAGCCGACUCCACCAUCUUUGCCGUCAGUGGCUGAAGCCGGAGACACACACCAAGGCUCAGAUCCUGGACCUGGUGAUCCUGGAGCAGUUCCUGGCUGUCCUCCCCCCGGAGAUGGAGAACUGGGUGAGGGAAUGCGGAGCAGAGACCAGUUCCCAGGCGGUGGCCCUGACAGAAGGUUUCCUCCUGAACCGGGCAGAGGACAAGAAGCAGGAAGAGCAGCAGGGAAAGGAUCUGGUAACAGAAAUAAGAAGCGAUUCCUCCAAAGCAGAAAGCAAUAUGUCAGUCAUCAGGCAGAGGCCUCUGGGCAAUGGAAUGAUGCCGGCAAGAUGUCCUCCGCCAUCUCCUCUUCAUGGUUCAGUAGAAGGAGCAGCUGUGAGACCAGAUCAGGGUCCCAUAUCAUUUGAGGAUGUGGCUGUGCAUUUCACGGAUGAGGAGUGGUCGCUGCUGGAUCCUGACCAGAGGGUAUUGCAUAAGGAAGUCAUGGAGGAGAACUGGGGAAUCGUGGCCUCUCUCGCACAAGGAAUCCACAGCGCAGAGAAACCAUAUAAAUGCAGUGAGUGUGGAAUGAGCUUUGCUCAGAAGAUAAUUCUCAUGUACCAUCAAAGAAUUCACACAGGGGAGAAACCCUAUCAGUGUUUGGAGUGUGGAAAGAUCUUAAGGCAUAAGACAAGUCUUGCUUCCCAUCAAAGAAUUCAUUCUGGGGAGAAACCCUAUCAGUGCUUGGAGUGUGCAAAAAGCUUCACUCACAAAAUAACUCUCAUGCACCAUCGAGCAAUUCACACUGGUGAGAAACCGUAUAAAUGCUCACCAUGUGGAAAGAGCUUCACUUUGAAGAAAAACCUCACUUCCCAUCAAAGAAUUCACACCGGGGAGAAACCGUAUAAAUGUCUGCAAUGCGGAAAGAGAUUCAGUCAAAGCUCCCAUCUCACUUACCACCGCAGAAUUCACACAGGGGAGAAGCCAUAUAAGUGCUUAGAGUGUGGAAAGAACUUCAGCCAACGUACUAGUCUAAUUUACCACCAGAAAACACACACUGCAGAGACACAAUAUAAAUGCUUGGAAUGUGGAAAGUGCCUCAGUCAGGAGGCAGAUCUCGUUGAUCAUCAAAAAAUGCACAUCCGGGAUAAACCACAUGUAUGUUCGGAAUGUGGGAAAAGGUACACUCAGAAGAAUUGUCUUAGGAAACAUCAAAGAAUUCAUACAGGAGAGAAAAACUAUAAAUGCUCUGAGUGCGGAAAAAGCUUCAUUGAGAAGUCAGCUCUCACGACACAUCAACGCGUUCAUACGGGAGAGAAACCCUAUAAAUGCCUGGAGUGUGGAAAGGGCUUCACUCAGAGCUCCCAUCGCAAUGUUCAUCGAAGAACUCACAAAUUGAUAUUCGGUGCGGACAAAGAGCUUUCUUCAGAUCUCCAGCCUUUAUUUCCACCAAAAAAUCCAUACAGUGGAGAACCCAUAUAAAGACUUGGAAUAUUAAAGGAGCUUUAGGAGCAGUUCCUAGCUUUCUUUCUGCAAGAAAAACCCAUAUAAAUGCUUGGAUUGCAUAUUGUGGAGUAAUCAUAAAAGUCCUCAGAAGUUGGGAGGAGCUUCCAAAAAAGGAUAAACUUCUGUUUUUAUCAUUAAUUCAUUCUUCAAAGAUGAUCAGAGCAUCAAGCACAGUACUAACCUUACCUGACAUCAAAGAAUUCACACAGGGACGAAACAAUAUAUUUCCCCCAGAAGGCAAGAUGUUGGGGACCAGGCAGGAUCUAAGAAUCUAAAAAUCCACUUGGAUAUACAGUUGGACCUCGACUUACGAGCUCCUUGACAUCCGACGUUUUCGACUUACGAGCGGAAAAAGUGGCCACGCGCUUACAAUUUUUCCAACAUCCAAACGGAAAACCCGUUCGCGGCUAGAUGCGGUUUCCUCGACUUACGAAUUUUUCCAUUUCCAAUGCAUUCCUAUGGGAAACCGCUUUUCCUUUUCCUAUGGGAAACUCGACUUACGAAGUUUUCGACCUACGAGUGUGCAUUCGGAACGGAUUAAAUUCGUAAAUUGAGGUCCCACUGUAUUUAUAUUACAGUGGUACCUUGGUUUACGAACUUAAUCUGUUCCAGAAGUUUGUUCUUAAACCAAGCGUUCUUAAACCAAGGCGUGCUUUUCCAUAGCAGCAAGGGACUCAAUUUACAAAUGGAACCCACUCAAAAGGAAGCGGAACAUGUUCUGCUUCCAAGGCAAAGUUCACAAACCAAAACACCUACUCCCGAGUUUGCAGCGUUCUUAAUCCAUGUUGUGCAUAAACUAAGCUGUUCUUAAGCCAAGGUACCACGGUAAAUACAUUAGCAGAAGACCAGUGGGGGCAUUUCCAUUUUUGAAAGAUGAAAGCAUCAAAGAGAAAUCAACAGCAAGGAGAAAUGAAAGGAACGGUAUAUGCAGGUAAGGGAAAGUGCUGCCUUUUCUUGUGAUGGAGUUGGGAGGGGGGAAAGCAUGACUUGCUCUCCGUGUUGAGCCCAAUGCUGUGGAUCUAUGCCUCUCCCCAGACACAGAACAAGAGAGUGAGAUUUGUGUGAAUGCUGUGAGUCCUCACCGUCUUAUAUUCAGCAUAUAUGUGUAAAUAAAACAUAUCCGAAAUGCA